CAUUCAGAGAGCAGCUGCGCUCUGCACGGAGUCGGAGCUGCGCAGGGCAGAGGACCGACAUCUGCGGGCUGUUCAGGGUCACUUCUGCGGGAUUUUGUGUUGACUGAAGGAUUGAUGUCUUUAUUUCGUGCGCACGUGUCACAGGAAGAUGCACCGCUGCUGCUGCAGCUGCUGUUUUGUCUGAAAUGAGCGCGUUUUGGUCGUUUGGACUUUCCGUGUCGAGCCUGGACGCUGAGGACUAAACCAGCCGCACAGAGCUGACACCCGACCACUGGAACCCCUCCCCUCACACACCCACACCUGCUCCGGGGAUGCUCUCCGGUUCUGACGGGCGCAUCGCUUUCGGUUUGGCGGUCCGGUAGCGGAGAGGGGCGAUGAGAGGAGCGCUUUGCUGCCUACUUGCCUGCUGCCUCUGUCUCACACACACCAGCACCGCUGCUGCUGAGGCUGAGUCGAUUCCCCGAGAGCUGAUCGAGAGACUCUCCAGCAGCGAGAUCCGCAGCAUCAGCGACCUCCAGCGGCUCCUGGAGUCACACUCCCUGGAGAAUGAGGCAGUUCAGAAGACCAAAUGGCGCUACCAUAAAGAGGGUCUCUAUGACGGCACCAGCCUCAAGAGCUCGUACACGCACCCCAGACGCAAGAGGAGCAUCGAGGAGGCAGUCCCAGCAGUGUGUAAGACUCGUACGGUGGUGUAUGAAAUUCCACGCAGUCAGGUGGACUCCACGGCGGCGAACUUCCUCAUCUGGCCUCCGUGUGUGGAGGUGACCCGCUGCUCCGGCUGCUGCAACACCAACAACAUGCGCUGCCACCCCAUUAAAAAGACACGCAGGACUGUCAAGGUGGCGAAGGUAGAGUACGUGCGCAGGAGACCGAAGCUGCGGGAGGUGCAGGUGCAGCUGGAGGAUCAUCAGGAGUGUGUCUGCGUGUCCAAACACCACACAGAGUCUCACCUGCACUCAGAUAUAAGGUGAGCGGGACGCGAUCAAGGCGAGCGAGGGGGCGAUAAAGAGGACCUAAUGCCUCACCCAAUCAGAAUCACUGGGUCUGACAUCAGCCAGCAAAAGCCAUCUAUAACUGACCUGCUGGCUGUGGGUCGAUGUGGACCGCUGUAAAGGUUUGGACUUUUGGACUGGACUUUGUUUUGGACUUUGGACGGAACAGAGGCGAAUGGACAGUGGACUCAAAGGAGUUUUCCUGGAGAGAUUUCAUGGCACGGACUCAUAAUGGACAGUCAUACCUGAUGUACCUGGUACUUCUCAUUUCCGCUCGUGUUGGAUCUGUCUGCGAUAGUGGAGCCUAUAAUUCAACGUUUCACUUCUGUAACAAGAUUUCGUCUUUCCAGCAAACUUUUUUCAGUAUAUACUUUAUUUUUGUAGCCCCGUUUUCUAUCGAGACUGAUAUGCUCUGGUAUGUACAGUAGAACAAGCAGCCAAACUCAACAGUAACCGCUACUAAUAAACUAUUUAUACAUGCA